UCUGCUUUCUGUUUCUGUGGAUUUAUCUAUUCUGGACAUUUCAUAUAAACGGAAUCACACAGUAUGAGGUCUUUUGUGUCUGGUUCCUCGCACUUAGCAUCCCGUUUUCAAGAUUCACUCAUGUUGGAACAUGUGUCAGAAUUUCAUGCCUUGUUAUGGCUGACGACAUUUUGUUCAUCCAUUCAGCUGUCGACUCACUUUGGGACUGUUUCUACCUUUUGACCUUUUGUGAAGAAUGCUGCUCUGAGCAUUCCUAUUCGCCUUCUUGUGUGGAAACACGCAAGGCUGCAGAAUUGGGCAAUUAGCAGGGAAGGAGCCCCACUGGCACACGCCGAGAUGGUCUGACCCACAGGGAGGCUCCAGUUGCAGGCCUCAGCCCCGCGAAGUCACUUGGGGAGCAGCCGCUGGGAAAGGUGGGUCUGGGCUUCGGGCUGAAAAGCCUGCCACUUGUGCCUGCCCGGCCUAGGAGCAGACGCUGGACGGUAGAAGGGAAGAGAGGACAGGGAAACAGCAGCGAGGGCCCACGGCAGCCUCCACAGCCACCCUGGCUCUGAGGCUGGCUCCCAGCAAAUCCCUCUAAGCCGCCCUCGUGGGCUCGCCUGAGGAGCCAGGAGGCCCAGGGCUGGGGAAGUAGGAGGUCUAAGUCCCAGGCCCAGUUAAGAGAUCAGAUGGUGAAAGGUUUGGGAGCUUUUAAGGUGAAGAGGCCUGGGCUGAUCCCGCAGGCUGGUAUAAAGCAGCGUGAGCGCCGGGCAGCGCCAGGGCUGGCAGGCAUCGGGGGCGGGGCUUUCCAGAGCCAUGGCCCAGCAGUGGGGCCCUCAAAGGUUUGUAGGUGGGCAGCCGCAGACCAGCUUUGAGGACAGCACCCAGGGGAGCGUCUUCACCUACACCAACAGCAACUCCACCAGAGACCCCUUCGGCGGCCCCAGUUACCACAUCGCUCCCAGAUGGGUGUAUCACCGCACCACUGUCUGGAUGGUCUUCGUGGUCAUCGCCUCCAUCUUCACGAAUGGGCUCGUGCUGGCAGCCACCAUGAAGUUCAAGAAGCUGCGCCACCCUCUGAACUGGAUCCUGGUGAACUUGGCCAUCGCCGACCUGGCGGAGACGAUUAUCGCCGGCACCAUCAGCGCUGUGAACCAGAUGUACGGCUACUUUGUGCUGGGCCACCCCUUGUGCAUCGUGGAGGGCUACACUGUCGCCUUGUGUGGGAUCACUGGUCUCUGGUCCUUGGCCAUCAUUUCCUGGGAGAGAUGGAUGGUGGUCUGCAAGCCCUUUGGCAAUGUGAGAUUUGAUGCCAAGUUGGCCAUUGCGGGCAUUGCCUUCUCCUGGACCUGGGCUGCUGUGUGGACAGCUCCACCCAUCCUUGGUUGGAGCAGGUACUGGCCCCACGGCCUGAAGACCUCGUGCGGCCCGGACGUGUUCAGCGGCAGCUCUUACCCUGGGGCGCAGUCUUACGUGGCCGCGCUCGUGAUCGCCUGCGGCCUCGUCCCGCUCGGCACCAUCGUGCUCUGCUACCUGCAAGUGUGGCUGGCCAUCCGGGCGGUGGCGAAGCGGCGGAGAAGGAGGUAACCCGCAUGGUGAUGGUGGUGUCUUCGCCCACUGCCUCUGCUGGGGGCCCUACACGUUCUUUGCCUGCUUCGCCGCUGCCCACCCUGGCUACGCCUUCCACCCUCUGG